GUGAGGCAAGAUGGCAAAUUGCUUUCUUGGCUGCAGGAGAAAUUGCAGUUUGGAAACUUUCUAGCGACAAUGCCGCCUCGCAAUUUGCACGCUUGCGCUGAGGAGGGUCUCGCAAUCCGUGGAAAAAACAUAGCUGAAGCGGAAGCAAGACAUUUACGAGGUGUCGGAAAUAGUUUCGUCAUGCUGGAAACGGAACAUCAACGAGACGUCCAAAAAGAGGAGAGGGAGAAGGAGUCACAAACUCUGACAACUGCUUGGAACGUUGUCAACAAUUAUGGACCUUGUACUAGUAGCUCAACAUUAUCCAAGCUUUCUGCGUCUGCUGCUCCGUUUGUCCCACCUGGAGGCGCAUCGACCUUGUUUGAACCUCCGCAAGGGCCAUCCCUCGAUUCUCUACAAAAGCCGCUGGUUGUUCCGGCACCACCUCUUCAGCAUGUUGGAGGACCGGGGCCGCCGGGUGCUAAUUUUGGGCCUUCUCUUAGCUCUUCUUCGAGACAUCGCAAUGCGGAAGACGCUGAACGGAUAGCAACCAGUUUUCUGAAGAAUGACGAGGAAGGGGGUCUCCUGCGCGCUUUUGCCGUAGAUGGACGGGUGUCGGAUGACCGGUUUAAACUCUUGGUGGACCAGUCAGUGCCGAGAAGAACAGUUAUGGACCUGUUGUACUGGUGAAAGUUUUGCUUGUGCUAGUAACUAAACUAGUACAGUGAUCUUCAUGUGUAGUUAAGCAUUAUUGAGCAGAGAAAGUUUGCUUUUGUUUUUACAAAAAUUCCGAUGGAGGGGCUUCAUUCUAGUAGUCCUUAGACUUUUUUGAUGAGCUUCAGUUUACACUUUCUAAAUCGCGGCUUCUAUUCGAUGACGUUCUCGCUCAAGUUAUCUUACAGACCUUGCAAUGGAAAGAGAAACAAUUUGACUUGAAGAUGAGCAAGCGGGAAGCGAAACUAGCUGCAGCGCAAGGCCUAAGUCCGCGCGAUAGUGGAAUACGCUUCCUGAAUGUCUUCAGGAUGGACAAAGUGGGCUCAGUCGUUCGAGGAACAGACACUCCCGGUUCCGACGUCGAUUUUAGGCUGUAUUACGAAAUCACAGCGAAAAACAUCACGGGCGGCGAUGUCCUGGACAAAAUAAAACGGAUGGUGCCACAGGUAUAGCGAGUGUGCUAUAAUUUAUUUUGAUAUGCGUCGGUCCUCUAGUACCUAGAUGAACAUGAAAAUCUGUUUUUUUCGAGUUGUGCGUCUGUCCUCUAAUACCUAGAACAUUAAAAAGUUUUUGUUUUUUUCUCGGACGGAGUCAAAGAAAUGAAAUUAUAUCUUGCAGGUAUUGUAUCGAAACAAGACUAUAUCUUCGGUCGUGGAGAUGUGGUGGAAGGGGAACGCCUGUUUACGCGUUGUUUAUCCAAAAGCAAAAAGAGGGCAUGCCCAUGCUGGGUCGUGUUCCAGGGUGAAGAGCCUUGUGUACGAUAUCUGGUUUCUACAUGGGAAGAUAAAUGGCGCUGACAACCACUUCUCUUCGGGAGGCGGCGCAUUGAUCUCAACUAGGAUUAAGGCUUGAGGAAAUGCAUCUUCACGGGCAUUUUGGUCCCGUUUUUCAAGGGAAAAGGGGACGAGAGAUGCUGCUGAAGAUGGAUUCUUCCUGCAAGUUCUAAUAGGAAGUCUUUAUCUCUUGGAGUCGCUGGAGCAGAAGGAGGAGGAGGCACAGGCACCGGCAGCGGGCCUUCUAACUCUGGGCCAUCAUUGCUGCGCGCUAGUACGACUUCCUCUUCGUCACCCUCUGGGGGCGGAGCCUCUGGAGGAGCAAGUCUCGGAGGUGUUAGACUCCUGGGGCUCUCUUCUUCUUGUGUAGCAACAUCGGAUCAUGACUCAUCGUCGUCUCUUUCGCAUAUUAGCCGCGCGUCAACAUCUUUUUCUUUGAUACAACAAGUACAACAGCCAGCACCGGCUGCUACUGGUGUCCAGCUCGACACGGCGCAGUACAAUGGUGUCGGUUCAUUCCCAAGUCUAAUCGCGAAGAGCAGGAAAGCAGGAAGUAGUCUAGAUGUGCUUGAGGAUGGACUUUAUGGCUUCUGGGAGGCGCAGCCACAGUAUCGAGCAGUCGUACGCCUCCUAAAAGACCAAUUCCAACGAUUCGUCGAUUCUCCAUGUCGAGAAACCGCUAGUAAACGGGGUUUGCCGGGUAUCUACUUGGAAAUCAUAGUGUGGGUAAUUGCGACACAGGAAAUGCGAGUUAAAAAUGUGCGCAGGAGAUACUUAGCGGGUGCUUUUGGACGGCCAAUUCUCGUGCAAGCUAGUCCGACGGUGAAUGGAGGACCACACGCACACGGAGGCGCACACAAUCAUGGCUCGAAUUCAUCAACUAGUAGCACUUAUCUCCACUCGUCAUCAACAAUAUGUUCGCCCGAUGACGGUCCGCCAAGUCUGAACGCAAGUGGUUUUCUUACUGCGUCUGGCGCGGCGUCCCCGAGUCCAGGGAGUGAACACCAGCAAUUUGCAAAGAUGACCAGGAAAGAGAAGAAAGCGGCGAAAGCAAGAAAAGGGAGCACGUCCUCUUAAGGUUUGAUCACAUUGAUAUUGUUAUUGUGAUUGCCAUUCUCUUGUGUCCUCACCUUAUUAGGAUAGACGUGAAAAAUUCAUGAUUCCUGGUUUCCUUAGUAGGGUAGGCUUUAGAAAAUUAUGAGUCUUAUUAAGCUUAAAAGAAAUGACGCGUCACCGCUACAACUAAGUACGUGAGCUCUAAUGUCGUGUCGCGUCGCUCUUGGCAGCUGCGACAAAUGGAGCUAUCUGUGCAGGACCUCCAGUAGCAUUGCCUAGUUCUGUUGCCCUCCACCAGCCUCCUUCGGCUGCAGCAUCUUCCGGAUCAUUACUACAUCUUGCCGACAAUGCAUCAGGAGCAGCCAACUCAGACGAGCCUUUGGCACCUUUCUCGCUCGAGGAAGCUCUGCGUUGUGUCAGUAUGAGUAGUCUUGUGGUGGCCACACACGGAGAGCAGAUUCUCCAGUCACAGGUGACUCCCGUUGGAGGCAAGAAGACGAAGGGAAGCGUAGACCGAGUGUUGUCCUUAGUGGAACAAGUGAAGCGGCUGGACGCAGCGGCACGAAUGAACGAAAAGCAGAAGGUAGCCGUUGUUUUAGUUAAGGCGUCGCUCAUGCGUAACAAACAUAGGUAAACUUUAUAGACAUCCAUGAUCUAGAUGUAGAUCUUAUCUUCAAUCUUUCAUUUCGAAUGAAUCUCAAUCUCUGAAGCACUGAAGCCUCUUUCAUUUCAAGUACGAGAAAACGUUUUCAGAUCCUCUAAUUUGAACGAGAUUCAAAAGCAAACGACAUGGGGACCACCUAAAGCCGCAGGCGAGGAACAAGCGUGGCAUCUACUGACCAAAAACUUCCAUUCUGAAGGCCUUGACGUCUUACCAGAUGAAAGAGACAGAUUUUCCCUGUUGUUUGAUGAGUGCAAAACAAGUAGUACGAACCCAUUUGUUGGUGGAGCUACUGCAUCUGCAGAUGGUGUUGGGGAGAAUGCUGAAAGGGGAGGCAAGGAGGAAGAUAAUCAAACUUCUUCGUCAAGUACAUCUGGGACGGGAGAAAGUACGACUAGACUAAAGCAGGACAACAAUAGUCAUAGCGUUGGAGGUGUUGUGGCAGGAUCCUCAUCAUCUUCGAGUUCUACCGCGAAUAAGAAGACGGCGAAAACAGCAACUUCAAAGGGCUCAUCUUGUUCAGCUUCAAACAUGACGAAGAGCAAGGCUUCAUCACAGGACAAUCAAAACAACACCAACCCUGGUGCACGACUAGUAGACAACAGCAAAGAGACCUCUAAGAAGAAAGCAGACGAAAGUGUAUCUCGGGACAAAACAGCAGAGAUCAUUGAUACUGACUUGCCGUCCGCCUAUCGUGUCUACCUCUUAGCAGUUUUGCUACUCGGGACUGGGUUGAGCGUGAGCGAGGACUUUUCACCAGGAAGCGGGGAAACGAACUACAUUUUUGACCCUUCACUAACGCCGCUUGGUGUGGUCAUUGCGUCGUUCUUCGAUACGAAUCUCGGAAAGUCACCAGAUUUCGAACCGCUAGAGGGUGGCCCGUGGGCACUCAGCUACCCGGUAGCAAGUAUAUUCCGCGAUGCUUCGGAAAACUUGAGGGCAUUCACUGGAGCGCCGAACAAUGAUCCGAGAUUGCGACUUGGGGCCCUUGCCAGAGCACCGGCUCUCAGGUUUGACUAAAUCACUACUACCGACGUCUACAGAUAAAACUAAAAUAAGUGAUGUUUUGUCACGACGUGCUAGCACUCGUCGUGGUCGAUCUUCUCGAAUGAUUUUUGUCUUGCUACUGUCAAAUUCUUAGGUUCUGGCGUGAGGAGAUGUGCGGCCCUUUAUUAGAGGAACUCUCCGGAGCAGACUGUAUCUACCUUCUCUACGAGCGCUUUGGGGUGCUCUCGCCUUAUGUGGUUGGCCGCAUCGAGAACGAAGUCGAAUCUCUUUAAGGCUUCCCCCAAUCCAUCUUCAGAAGCAUCUUACUCGGAGACGUUUUGUUUCAAGGAGAGAAUUUUUUUUUUCAAAUGAUGAGAAUUAUAAACUUCGUUUCUUGUCUCAUCCUGCCCUCUCGUUCGUUGAUGUCCUUCUUGUCCUUGUUGUCCUUCUGUCAGAAAGAGGCGCUCUUUACGCCUUAAUUCAAUUACAAGUCCUAAUACUCGGGUCUCUACUCGGGUCGCAACGGAAUCAGGCAGCGAGAGUUGUCACGUGGUUCGCAAAUGAAUGAAUGAAUAAUAAAUAAUAACUUCAGUGGUUUUGAUUUUCAAAUUUCAAAUGAUUCAUUUCGAGAUCAUGGACGAUGAGAGUGGACUCUAAUCUUCAUUUCGCACAGUGUUGGACUUCUUCUUUGAUAAGAGCUGCAUCGUAAAGAUCUUUGGGUCAGUGGAGAAUGGCACCGCUACAAGGGGAUCGGACGUGGAUUGCGGGCUCAUUUUGUCGCCAAAGAUUUUCGCGAAAUUUAAGGCUAGAUGUUUAUAUAUUAGUUUGUCGUCCUCGUGUGAGGUGCUUAAGCUUACUAUGUAUUCUCGGUGAAGACGUUUGUGAGGUGCUAUCUAUGUAAGUAUUUUCGGCGAAGACGAGGACGUUCCCCUUGUGAAGAUGGUGGUCAAAGGGGAAAUGGUGCUCCUCAAGGGGAAAGAAACAAGCAACCCACACCCAUUCAAUCCUACAGAUAGUGCGUCGUGUCUAGCGUUAAGAAACAUGCAGCCAGAGUCGGAGAGCAUUCAGACCAACACGAUGCAGCAUUAGCCAGAUUGGUGAAGAAAGAGGUUCUGUCGGAUUUGACCAAAUUCAUCCAGACCAUAGACGGUGCAGGGGAAAAGAAGUCGAUGGAUUUGGAACUGGUUCUAGAAGCUCGUGUGCCGAUAGUGAAGUGCCAUGUCCAACAGCAGAUUCGGAAUACUUUGUUAAGGCAGCUUCGUUGUUGCAGCAUCCUCACUUGUGUCACACUUGAAAUUGAUUGUUCUUUUUUUCGUCUUGAAAAUAGAGCAUCGACUUCCAAGGAUCAUGCACUCGUCAACGAGGUUGCGAACGCGAAGGCUCUAACUUUUCCUUGCAUGCUGGAACACGGAAUUUCGAGUUUUGACAUCUCGGUGCUGGUAGAAGGUGAAUUCUUCGUUCUGCAGAAUAGUGCUUUGUUACGGCAGCACUUAAGCUUAUAACUUACCGAAACCGACAUCAAGAAGUUGCUGUUGCUCACGACCACUGUAUUAUGGGUCCUCUUCUAGCUUAAGCUCACUAGGUACUGCUCCUCUUCUAACUUAAGUCCGCUCUGUCCUUCUAGCAGAUGAACGGUAUAGAAUGCUGGCCGUACUAGUGAAGAGAUACGCGAAGCAAAUGGGCAUCCGCAGCGCGUGGGAAGGCACUUUGAGCAGUUAUUCUUACGCUCUGCUCGUCUUGCAUUUCAUUCACAUGAGGGAAAAAAGACUCCAAACCACGGUCCAACAUGAUCAGGAGUCCUCACAGAAGUUGACAAUGUCGGAAGAAGUGGUGGAUGAAAACAACAAAAUUGAAAACAACAGCGGUGGAAAAGCAGGAGAACCACACAGAGGUGGAGAACUACAAGUUAAAGUGGUAGAUCAAGAAGGAGACCCUCCAAAACAACAAGAGAAGAAGGUCAAGGAUUAUAUGCAAGCUGUUGUAGGUGGUCGUGAUGUCGUGUGUACGUUGCCCAAAACCACCUUAUCCGUACAACCCAAAAGUACCUCAUCGAAGCCUUCGAUAUCGACGUCCAAAAUGACUCUACUACCAACGACGACCAACAACAACAACGCGGUGACCUGCGCUGCAACUAGUAGAACUACGGUAGAGCUCGCCUUACAGCAGAAAAGUGGGUCUUUGGAGGAUGUCUAUGAAAUGAAGCAGAACGCGUCUUUGCCUCCACCACUGCCUCCGAUAUUUCCUAUCGUCAGUGCCGAUGAAAACGACAAUAAGCGUAGGCCUCCUGGGUGCGGUUCCACGGCUUGUCCAGCAACAACAAGUGACAAUGUUCCCGAGAAGAUAAGCGUACUUUCUAGACCACCAUCAAUGGCGCCUCCUAGUCAGCCUCCGCCGAAACACUUCGCAAAAAAUGGUAGACUUUCCAUCAACAGUGAGACCAGCGAUUGCUCCUUCCAGAUGAAAUUUUUAAGGCAGUUGUAGUUGUCGUCGAUAAGGAUAAUGAAUUCAUCUCUGAGAAAGAAAAUAUCUUCGCCACCUGAAAGUAGGAUAUUUCAAUAAUAGUUGCUGCUGUUCUUGAUGUUGAAGAAAGAGCAAUAUUACAAAGGAAUACUUUCACAUCACUACUUGCAUAAUUUUUUUACAAAGAGUACAGCAUUUUUCAAAGAUGAAUUGCGCAUUUUACAACUUGGUUCUCUAAUUCAAAUCGAACAAGAACUACCUAGCAUCAAGAAGAACUACCAGGAUGGUGAAGAUACAACGCCAGUCGACAGCUUGUUUCUGGAAUUCCUUAACUAUUACCUUAGUUAAGGCUUACUCUUAUUCAUCUUAAGAAGCAUCUUGGAAGGCUUUUGUAAGGGAAAAUGGCUACCAAGAUGCUCCUGAGGAUGAAUAUCGGUAAGGUCUAACUUAGCCUGGAAUACCAAAACAAGAUUAUCUGCGUCAACGGACUCCGUGAUCGACGUGUUGAGGAUGGGAGUCGCUUUCAAUUCUGUAUUGAAGUUAUGGUCAUAUUGUUCGUUAUAGUUAUUUAGUCUAUAGAAUGUUUCGGUAGUUAACUGGUAGAAUUCACACCUUUGUACUUACCCAGUCUUGUAAGCUGAUUUUCAUUCACACCUACCUGCUCGAAGACAUCUGCGAACAUUUCAUCAAGAUGACUUGGACACCCUGUUUUGUGUUCUCUCUACUUAGUCCUACUCUAUGAUAGUAUGAAUCAAUACUACAACUUCUACUAGAAACUCCCUCAUGCUCUAAUCCAUAUCCAUUUGAACCUGCCUUGUUGGAGAACGCACAUGGCCCCAAGCGAGUUCUCGGCAUGCUCGAUCGUUUCGAUGGGCGUUUCACCCCUGGACAUCAGCGCUUCAUGGCCGCCCUGUCCCACGCAAAGACGGUUCUGGAAGAUAAUAUGACUUGUUCCGCAAAAAGAACGAACAAAACUUCUGCAGCGACUUCAGGCAAGAUGAGCAACGAGAAAGUUAAGGGUCACACUUUUUCUAUUGUCAGUGCUGUCAUCAAUGAUAAGGUUGAUAGUACUAGUUCUUGAAGCUGAUGUGGGACUCACCAUCUGCUACACGACGUUUUAUUGAUAUGGAAGAAUAGCGUAGGUGUUCGGCAUAGCAGGUUGGGGUGUGUACUAUUCCAGCUGGCGCCUUCAUCUCCCUCUUCCACUUUCGUCUUCUCAUCGUACUACUCAUGUAUUCGGGGGGCUGCGCAUCCUACAACGCAGUGCACGCGGCCGGCCGGCGCGUGUAGUAUUCCUAUUCUGCUCUUAUUCCUAUUAAGUCCUAUUCUUUCCUAUUCAUGUCUAUUCAUAUUCGUAUUCAAACUUCUUUUCCCACCCUCCACACCCUCUUAUCCAUGUGGCACCUAGCCCUCAGUUAGCAUCUUGCUCUCGCACCCGUUGGUGUCUGGCUUGUUCUCUUCACAACUCAUUUCAAGAAUUUCGUGGUUCAUCCGAACUUGAUGCCAUCUGCUGGGCUAGUAUGUCGCAUGGACGUACCUAGCAAAAUAAUACUCACCCUUUCAGAAUGUCAGCACCUAUGUACGCGCCUCAACUUAAGUGAACACUGCUACCGGUUCAUUGGAAGAAGAUCAAGGUUCAUUGAUUCACUCCGCGCCUUACCUCUAUCAGUUGUAAUGGACGAAGGUCGGUUUAAGUCUUUCUUGUUUUUACAUCAUCUUAAGCUCUCCUGUCCUCGUCUAAUAAUCGGGUGAACGGAACGCCGACUUCUUCUUCGACACAGCGGAGUGCUUCUUCCUUCUCUACAACAGACACGAGCGAAAGUGUCGUACAUCAAUCGCGAUGGGGGAACUGUGCAGUUUUUCUACUCUUCUAGAGAUCUCUGGAACAUAUCGUCCUCUCUCGGUGUCGCUUGACGAGCCUUGACGAGAUUGAGGAUUGUGUUGAUUUCUAUCGAAAGGAAACUGUCUUAAGAUUAAGGCAGGCCCAGGACCAGGUGGAAGAUGUCAUGAUUUUUAUUAAGUAGUACCAACUAUGUGUGUAUUUAUGUUUAAGGCAGGAGCAGGAUAUAGUGAUUACUUGAAGAUGAAGAUGAGUCAAUUCAUUUUUUCCAGUUUUCAUAAUUUUUUUAUAGUGCCAUUUCGAUUUCCACGAAGAAGAACGAAGGUAGGAGGAUGUAGUCACACUUUGUUUUCAGUUAGAUGAUGAUGAACCUCCACCCAUUCGCAAUACCAAUUCUCAAGGAAGAACCAAGAUCUAGAUCACAACUUCCUCAUCUAGCUUUAAUACUUAUACCCAGCAUCAAGAACUCAAAUCUAUCAACUACUACUCGACGUCGAGGAAGUACUCACAAGACUAAACUCGAACUUGUACUACUUAACAGGACUCGGCGACACAAGAAGAACUUCAUUGAAGUUACUUCAAGCUCAACAACGCGACAACCAGUAAAAAAGUCAUUAAGAAGAUUGUAGAAACCUAUGAAU